AUGGCCCACGCCAAGCCUUCUCCUGACCUUCUGGUCGCCUUCCAGAAGGAAUUUCGAAGACCCGUCGAAGCCGCAGAAAAAAAGUCCCCCCGUUUGCGCAUCAUCCUGGAAUUGGACGGUGCGCCGGAGGUCCGAGUCCUCUUCCUCCGGACUGACCCAGUGGCCAAUAACCACCCUGCUGUUCUUCCCCUGGUUUGUGAAGGUCGUUGGUUAUACCUAUUACCUACAGUCCUUACUGGAUCAGACGGCCCAGAUGCAUGCAUCCUCCGGACCCAGUCUGAGGCUGUGCACUUCCGCCCUAUCCCUUUCAUGGCUUAUUUCCUGAAGAGUGAAUUGUGA